AUGUUUAGGGAGCGAAGGAGGGAUAAAGAGAUCAAGGAGAGUGGGGUGAAAUACGUGAGGAUGGAGAGGAGGAUUGGGAAGUUCAUGAGGAAAUUUGUGCUGCCAAUUUGGUUGCGGGCUAGGGUGGGAGGUGCUGGGUUCUGGGUUCAUGGGGGUGGGUGGUGUCAUGGGAAUGAGAGGAGAAGAAAUUGGUGGGGGAGUGAGAGAGUUUUUUUUUAA